AUGGACCAGUUCCCCUUCGGCGAGGAGAGCACGGUUCAUUUGGAGAUGCACCUCCCUGGGUUUUCUGAAAGCCAGGGGCUGCUCUGCGGCGAGGCUCUCAACCACGAUUUGUGUUUAAACACAAAAGACGUGAUGUACGUGGGGCUGAGCGGCCUGGAGGGGGUGCCCGGCCUUCCAGCCGUGGAUGCGGCCAGCGCCGACGCUCUGGAGAACGAUUUAAACGCGCUCUCUCUGUACCCGGCGAAGGACUGCGACGCCGUUCAGCCCCUCGAGGAGCCCGACGCACGACCCUCGCAGCACGAGCCAGAACUUCCCACGCUGACGCGACCGGAGGAGUCUGGAGGAGGAGGCGGCAGAUCUGCGGGGCGAGGAAAGCGUCCCCUGGGCUCUCCGCAGGCCUCGCUGCCGGGCUGCAGCCGCUGCGGGAAGGUGUUCGGCAGCGCCAGCGCGCUCAGCAAGCACAGCCUGACCCACAGCGAGAAGCGGGACCACGUCUGCGGCCUCUGCGGCAAGGCCUUCAAACGGCAGGACCACCUGAGCGGGCACAUGUUGACGCAUCAGAAAAUAAAACCUUUUGCGUGCCCGGAACGAGACUGCGAGAAGAGCUACUGCGACCCGCGUUCGCUGCGCCGGCAUUACGAGCUGCAGCACGGCACGAAGGAGGCUCCGAGGGAAGGUGCCGGGCAGGAAUCCCCGCUUCUUCCCGGGCAAUCGGUGGACAGACGGACUGUGUGCUCAGAGCCGGGCUCUUUCCCACCCACAAAAGACCCUCUGAGGUGUGUUGUGGACAGUUUCGCAAACCAGAAGCUUCCUGUGCCCUCCGCAGAGCCUGCGGGCGCUGCUCUGACAGAUUCCUCCCCGGCAAACCCGACCUCUUGCCUCGCGUCCAACGGCAGCGGCCUUUCGGAGCCUGCGGGAGACAGUUUCUCGCAGGAUCUCCUCUCUUGCCCGAAGAGCGCUGCCUCUCCUGACGUCUGUGCCGUCGUAAAUCCCAGCGAUGUCUCUGUGACCGCGCCGGGCGAGAGCAUUGUCACCAAUCUGACCGAGAGAUGUUUUAUUUCGGAAGCUCCGCUCCCCUCGGAGCCCGUGGGGCCGCAGUGUUGUCCCAGCAGCACCCUGCCUUGUUUCCCUGCCUUCCGAGGGCAGAAGACGUCUUCAAACCCAGCGAGCAGCAGCUUUCAGUGGAUAAGAAGCGUGCCGGUUUGUGCCAAACCCCAAGGAAAUAGCGUCUGCCUCGCUCGCGUGACGCUUGCCACAGCACAGAGCCUUCCGGAGGCGUUGGCGGGACCCUCCUGCACGUUCUCAGCCGCCUGCGAGCGUCCGGACGCUUUGUCUUUCCCCUUUGCGCCUUUUAAAUCCGCAGAGGACUCACUGAGCGAGUCGACCCUCCGUUGUUUCGAGGAAAACUUCCAGUCAGCAAAACCCCACGACUCCCACCCGUGGGAGAACGCCGAGAAGUUGAAUUUUCCGGAGAUUCGGAAGCCCGGUGUCCCACACGGCGAGAGCCGGCAGCUCUUUGCGGAGGAGCCUGCUGCGUGCCCGGAGCCGCUGCCCAUCUUCCAG